AUGACGAGGAAGAAGACUAUUGAAAAGAAGGCUCAAACGGUCCCCUCAGAUGAACCUACAAAUAAUGAAGCUGUUGCAAGUGAACCUUCAUCGAGCACUCCAAACGAGCCUGAGGCCACAGAACAAGUCUCAGAACUUGUAAAUGGCGUCACGAAUUUAUCGAUGACAGAUAAGGAGCGAGGAGAAAUGGACCGACAAACAAAAUCUAAAGAACAAAUUAAAGCUGAAAGGGAAGCAAAGAAAGCUGAGAAAGCCAAUAAAAAAGCUAAUGCAACAUCAAAAGUGGUUGCAUCGCCAGCACCGCAAAUACAACAGCAUGCUCCUCAAAUACCAAAUGGUCAAACUCUACUUUCUACAACUCAGGUGAGCAAACUGGAAAACAAAAAGGACGUAACACAGAAACCGCCGUCACCGGAACCAAAAUCAGCUAUAAAGAAAGAUACGGCUAGAGGAAAUCGUGAAGUGCAAUUUGAUCUGAAUACAACUGUGCUCAGAACGCCUUCCGAAGAAACCAUAUCAGAUUUGCCAAAGAUGUGUGAGAGAGGACAAGUUGCCGACGUUGAUGAUUUGUGCGAGGAAUUUCUUGGCGCGUUUAUCAAAUUUAUCAGUGAUUGGGGUGCUGAAAGGUUGCAUAACUCAGAUGCCGAUCCGACCGCCCUCGGAUUUGACCUUGAUUUGGCUAUUCGACCACAGCUCGGAUACUUGACAGAAGAUGGUCGUUGGCCGUUACCUUAUGCUCUUGGGAAUCUUGUACGACAACUAAAGCGAGAAAUUAAACGACUUGAUGAACCAUGCAAACAUGCUCAUACGAAAGAAGAUGGAACAGUUGCUGCCGAGCUGCCGGGUGGAUGUGAUAAAUUAAAAGAACUCGAAGAAUGGCUUGAGGAAGCGCGUUAUUCAUGCUUUGAGUUGGCAACUAAUUCCAUUUCUACUCAUUUGAUGCAAAAGAGGAAGUUUUCAAAAAAGAUUGUCACAUUUGACUGGUGUCGUGUUGUUAAUCGAAUUUUACUCGAUUCUCUCGUUGGCGAAGAUCCUGAUUUGAAACACAUCGUCGUGCUUGAUCAGCAGUUGAAUGGUCGAGGAGUGCGCCACAUGGACACUUUACUAGACAAAAAUGUGAAGCUGGAUUAUGGGGAUCUUCGUUCCUUGUCGGUCGCAUUGCAUAAGUGUUCAAUCGUGCUUAUUGGAUGUUCGGCCGUUUUGUCGAACGGGUGUGUGGCGGUUCCCAAAGGAUCUUUAUCGAUUGCUUUGUCCGCUCAAGCCAACAAUAUCCCGUUUAUGGUUUGUGCACAAACUUUCAAAUUUGUGGAUAAGGUGCAAACGUAUGGACGAAUGGCGUUACUUGGUCGUGAAAACAUGGAGCUCGUUCCUUCAAGUCUCAUCACCGCGAUUGUAACCGAUAUUCGUAUUGUGCCACCGUCUUCAGCGCCAGCGAUUCUCAAGGCUAAAGCCCUAGAAAGCCAAAAU